AUGAAAUUGUUGAUGAUUAAGAAAAUAGAGUAUUUUUUGAAGUCAAAGAAGAAAAAAAUUUUAUUAUCCAUCACGAAUUUAUCUGAAUUUAUCCAAAUUUUCACCGAUAGUUAUCUGUAUCUGUAA